GAAAUUAGACCUGUAUGGCUUAUGUCUCCUCCCAGUUCACACCUACUGUACCUGCAGGUUCUCUGGUAACAAUGUGUAUUAGCAACCCAACUCCUGCAGCACAGACAGCACUGUACGAGCAUACAGCCAAGUAACACAGAAUUUGUAGCUAUGGGUGCAUAUGCCAGUAAAUUUCAUGAAAGUGGUGGCACAAUUCUUCUAGAAUCAACAGAUCCUUCUCAAUCAAACUGGAUUACAGCACAUGCGGAAAUCUGUAAAAUGUCCAUCCCAGAGGUACAAAGAUGCUGGAGCAGAUUUCUCAUGCUUGAUCCCGAUAAUAAUGGUAAUGUAAAAAGGAGUACUUUUUGGACAAAAGAUGAAGUUAUCAAAAAGUUAUGCCAACAAAUUCCCAUUGUGAAUGAUGAGGUUAUAACAUUUCAAGCGUAUUGCAGUGCUGUAUCGUGGUUAUCCAGUGCCCCCCAAGAUAGUAAAAUCAAAGGGUUCUUCCAAACAUUAACCUCAAGUACAAUGACAAAGGAAUCUCUUAAGGUCCUGCUGUCCAAUUUAUAUCCAAGUGAAGAAUCUAAAGAUAUAGAUGACCUUUGCCAUCUUUUACUUUUUGAAAUUGAUAAAAAGAAUAAAGGAGAAAUUGAUGAAGAUCAGUUUGUGUCCUGGGUUCAUAGUAUGCCUCGUGAGCAAAUCACAUCAAUAUUGAACUUCCCAAUAUUACCGUUAGAAGUGACAACUGCAUCUGAAAGGGAGCUGUCUUCAGUUCCAGUAAAUAUUGAUUUGGAAGACAAGUGGAGAAUACGCGAUGACCAGCUUCAGCAUGUGGCAUCAUUGAUGGACAGAAAAAAAAGAGACUGGAGACUAUUAGCAAACAAUUUGGGAUUCUUAGAAAAAGACUGCAUCUUUUUUGAGCAGAAUAAUUCAAUGAAUAGAGACAAAAUCCUAGACAUGCUGCAGGCGUGGAGAAAUUCCCUUGGCAAGCAGGCACAGGCACAAAGUCUACAGAAAGCGCUGAAACAUACUGGCAACGCUGACAUUGCCAAUGAGAUUUUCAAUCUUAAUUUUUAAACCAUCUAUCCUAAUUAAAUGUAAUGGUUGGACUGUCACUCUUCAUAAUAGCAAUAAAUCUAAAUGUAGUGCAAAACAUGCAGUAACAUUAUUAAAGGGUCUGUGCAAUUUCUUAAAAGGGAUGCCCAAGGAUAAGCUGAUCACAAUGUAUCCCACUACUGGAACCCCUAAUAUGCAACUUAACCAGGAACCUAGUAGCAUAUGGUUAAUUUGCAGUGGUUUUUCAGGAGUUCAAUAUUGAUGAUCUAUCCUCAGGACAGGUCAUCAAUAUCUGAUUGGUGGGGGUCCAACAUCUGGCUGUUUGAAAAGGCCUCAGCACUCCAGUCUCCCAGCUUACCAAGCACAGCUCCAUACAUUUUAUAGCAGCUGUGCUUGGUAUUGCACCCCAGGCCCAUUCACUUGAACAUGACUAAGCUGCAAACAACUCAACUGAUCGAUGAACGUGACGUCAUUGGCCUAGGAAAAGGCUGUG